UUGAGUGGUACGCACGGGAGCCGCUGAGGCUGCGUGCGGAACAUAUCAAAGGGCAGCACGACCGGUAAAGUGGGCGGGUUGUCGUCCGCGCCUUGUUCGUGGUGGGAGGCAGGGGAUGAACUUGUCCGCUACUGCGGGCCUCUCUUUCUCUGGCCGCCACCGCCAUCAUGGCCACGAUAGAGCAAGAGUUCCAGGAGAUCGAUGCUGCGAACGACUGGCAGCCCCGCUACCAGGAUAUUCGGAACCAGUCCAAAGAUUAUCCACAUAAAGUUGCAAAGUAUCCAGAAAACCGAAAUAGAAACAGAUACAGAGAUGUUAGCCCAUAUGAUCACAGUCGAGUUAUUCUGCAGAAUACAGACAAUGAUUACAUCAAUGCAAGCUUGGUGGUUAAUGAAGAAGCCCAAAGAAAUUAUAUUUUAACACAGGGUCCACUUCCUAAUACAUGUUGCCAUUUCUGGUUAAUGGUAUGGCAACAGAAGACCAAAGCAGUUGUCAUGCUAAACAGAAUUGUUGAGAAAGAUUCGGUAAAAUGUGCUCAGUACUGGCCAACGAAAGAAGAAGACGUAAUGAUGUUCAAAGAAACAGGAUUUUGUGUGAGGCUAAAAUCUGAAGAUGUCAAAUCCUACUAUACAGUACGACAACUUCAGCUAGAAAAUACAAGUAAUGGAGAGUCCAGGAUGAUAUUCCAUUUUCAUUAUACUACCUGGCCAGAUUUUGGAGUUCCUGAAUCCCCAGCUUCAUUCCUAAACUUCUUGUUUAAAGUCAGAGAAUCUGGAUCUCUGAGUCCUGAACAUGGGCCUGCAGUCAUUCACUGUAGUGCUGGAAUAGGGCGCUCUGGUACAUUUUCAUUGGUAGAUACAUGUCUUGUCCUGAUGGAAAAAAGGAAAGAUCCAUUUUCUGUAGACAUUAAGCAAGUAUUAUUGAAUAUGAGAAAAUACCGAAUGGGACUUAUUCAGACUCCUGAUCAGCUAAGAUUUUCAUAUAUGGCUGUAAUAGAAGGAGCAAAAUAUAUAAUGGGCGAUUCUACUAUACAGAAUCAAUGGAAGGAACUUUCAAAGGAGGACCAAGCACCAAGUUCUGAACACUCACCAUCAUACAAAGCCAAACUUCCAACAGAGAAGUACAAUGGGAACAGUGUGGUGUUAGAAAAUCAGGAGCAAACCGAAGAUCUUAUAGAUGCUGAGUUGACUUCUACAAUGCAAAAUACUGCAGAUGCGAAUGCUGACAUUGCUGUUCGGAAACGGCUGAGAGAGGACAGAAAAGCUAACACAGCACAGAAGGUGCAGCAGAUGAAACAUAGGCUGAGUGAGGCUGAAAGGAAAAGAAAAAGGUGGUUAUAUUGGAAACCUAUUCUCACUAAGCUUGGGUUUAGUACAGCCAUUUUCAUUGGAGUUUAUUGUUGCUGGAAAUUGUUCUUCCAAGCCUCCCUUAUGUGAAUGUGUGCUUUAGGUUGCAACCCUAUGCCCCAUAAUACACAUUUAAGUCCCACAAAUGUUUACUGGCUGCAGAAUCGCAGCCAUAGUUUCCAGACCAAAUGUGCUGCUAAUACACCAGAGGGAAUAUGACUUGCAACAUCAAAUUCCAGCGUGAGAUUAAAAACCGAUCACAAACCAGUCUCAGGACUUUUCAGGUACUUCUGAAACCAUAUUGCCACCUGAACAAAGUUGUACACUCUUAUUAAGUAAACUAGAACACAUUUUCAGUAAGAAUGUAUAUAUUACUUAAAAGUCAUUCUCCACUAGAUCUAGAGGUAGACACUGAGUUGCUGUGUUCUGCCAAUUCUAUUUGAUAUAAGCAAUAAACAGUGUGGUGUCAUACUAUGAAUGCAAAGCAGUUACAGUGGUAUGUAUGUAAUAUGCAUUUAUAUGAUCCAGACUUAGCAUAAAUACAUUUUAUAACUCUAUAUUUAAUCAUACUUUUGUAGAUAACUAUUUUUAAAAGCCAGGUUUGUACAAAUUUCACUGACCCAAACAUAGUAUGCAUUAAAGUAAUUAACAGUGCAUCCCUUCCCAUCAAUUUCAGGAGUGAUUCUGAAAUUCACCGACCUUCAACAAAAUGUUACCAUUCUUAACACAAUGAUUAGUAAAUUGCCCCUUUGAGAUUUCAUGUUAGGACAUAGGGCUACUUUUCCAUUUCUACUUUGUAAGUUGCAUUCAUGUAUUUAUGCUAAUAGUUGACAUUUACUUUAUUUAAAAACAAAAUACUUGAAAAUGUUACGUUUUUAUAAGACUUUGGGGAGCUUGUCCCCUAUCUCAGAACUGAGUAUUUUGAAAGGAAGUUGUGUUAAUUUCAGCUGUUGUUGGAAGCUAAUAGCUUAUGUCAAAGUUCAAACAUUCCAUUAAAUAUGAAAACUUUUUUGUGUGUCUCUCAUUGAUUUGACUUGAGUCCUGUUCAUUGUAACACUGAAAAUAUAUGCUUCAUAGUGGGUGUAGGUAGCACAUGACAAAUUUGUUCAUAUUUCUGAAAGGCACAUCAAAAAAGCAAUAGGUACAGGAUUUUUUGGAAGAAAAAGAAAAAAAUUGUGGUGCAGAGUUUGAAAGAUGACUGGGGACCUUUUAUUUUGUUGCAGCCCCCCUCCCCCUAUCACUGGCCUAUCUAGGGAUAAUAGGUCAAUGGUUGGUUAUAUAACGUUGUUUGCAAUCCGUGAGAUCCAGAGACUUCCACUAGCAGAGGGAAUGAUUUUGGCCAAUCCCUCCUCCCCAGUGUAGAUACCCAUAUUGCACACAACACUGUUCUGGGUAUUCCCUGAAGUUAUUCUGCCUUUCAUUCUUGGUUGGGCUGGCUGGCUGUUGUUCAGUUGAGGGGUAGGUGCACUGAAUGUUUUACACUUUCCACUUCUUCCAGAAUGGGUAGCUCCAAACUAUUGGGAAAUUUGAGGUGGGAAAUAAGCUGCUUAUAGCCUGUACUUCAUAAAUAAAAUCAUUUCUGGUGAGACUAAUUACUUUUUUUCUGAAAUGCAGUCUUCAUCUCCUUGGUUGACUACUUUCCUCUACAUUCUGGCUUUUCAGUUGCUCAGAUCUGGUGAAGACCUUUUUCUUUCUUGGAAGUAUCUGUACAGAUUGAACUCCUGUAUUUGGCUGAGAUGGCUCUUUGCCCAGUGAAACAGCAUUUUGGAAUGGAUUUGCUUGUUUAAAGUCACUGACAAUAGAGAGGCUGCAAUUUUUUUAAUGCAACCAUCACAUUCUUUGUGGUGCAGAGCCUUCUUUUGGAUGUCUACACCUCUUAUAUUUCAGUUUGAAUGUGUGCUCUCCAAUGCUAUUCUGUAUUUGAUUGAGGAAAGAACCAGAAAUGUUUAAUAGGAUUAAUACGACACUGGUGUUGAGAGCCUUACAAUUGUAAUACUUAGUAUUUCCCCUUCUUUAAAAUUCUGUUUAUUACAUACAAACCAAAAUCAUAAAUCAACUUCACAUUAGGGAGUUUGGGAAAAUGCUGUGACUAGAUACUACCCAAUUUGAAUGAGCCUUCUUAAAAGUAAUUCCUGUGCCAUUUUCAUUGAUAAAUGUAUGUACAUUAAUGCAAGCUAUAAUAGUCAUGGAACAAAAAUGGCUUGUCUGUGAGGUGGAAGCUUGAGAGCCAGUGUUGCAUAGGUCAAUCUAUAUUUAACUUGCAUGUUUAGAUUGCUGCAUUAAAGCAUGUUAUAGAGUACAAUGCAAGUAAAAGCAGGGCUUCUUAGUAUAUUGGAGCAGGAAUGUCUGGUUUCCUACUGGAGUUGAGUGACCACUGCAAAACUAGAUUUCUUGUGUCACACCCUUGCCUAAUGUAGAGAAUUUGCAUCUCUGUAGGUGGUUCUUGGUUGUUUCAUGGGUGGUCCUGGCUCUGCCCCCUCAAUAGUUGAUGAAGCCUUCAACCUCAGCAAUCACCUUUCUGUCAUCUCCCAUCCUGGCAGGCAUCUGCAGGGAAUAAGUAUUCUCCAGAAUGUUGAUCUCACCAGUCUUGCCUGGCUGACUUUGUAAGUCAAGUUUGGGAGUCUUGUGUAAAUGGAUAGGAAACUUCCAAAUAUCACCAGGUGUUGAAUUAAGCAUGUGGCCAUUAUUGCUUAACAUAACUCAAAGUUUAAUAGAACAGUUGAAAGUUUGCAUUUUUUGUAGGAUUUACUAAAAAUACAUUGUUCAUAGGUUAUCAAAAUAUUAAAGCUUUAAACACUUCUUUACAUAUACUGUCAAACAUCAGUUUAAUUGUUCCUUGUUUCUUUUGAUACUCUAGAUUGGGUUUACUCAUGUCAAUGAUAUGAAAUGCAACACUGUAUCAUCCAUUACACACUCACACUCCUUAAACUGCACUACAGUUUACAGGUUUCUGUACAGACUCAGAGGAACAUAAUCCCUAUAUUCUUGAGUUGUUAAUAGGAGCAGAGAAGUUGUCAUCUAAUGGUUCUAUUGCUCCUCAGCUCAGUCAAGAGCAAGGCAUCAGUGUGAACACCAAUGUCCAAGUAUUUUUCAUAACUGUUAGUUUAAGGGCAAGGAGUUAGGUGUGCAUGUACACACAUUCUGUUUGUUAGCAACUGCUUAUUAGGAGUGUGUCCUUCAUUUGACAGAAUUUUUUUCUAAAUCUUCAACCCAAGUGAAACUAGAAAACCUGAGUUGUUUAUACUUCUGACUGUACUGAACCUGUGACUUUUUUGCGUUGUGUGUCUGUAGGCAGAGAAUGACGGACACCUAACUCUCCAAGACUUGUGAAUAUUCUGCAGCUAUAAAUUGCAUACUAUUGGCAUGCAAAGCAGGAUCUGACCCCUCGCCAAGAAACAAAAGUGAGGUCUGAGCAAUACCCAGGUGGCCUCACAAAUAUCUGUUUACAACGUAAACACCAACCAGGGAAUGAUGUAUACCACCAGCAAGAGACGUUGCAAACAAAAAAAUGACUUAAUUGUUUUAUGCUUGUAUUAAUUGUAGUGAUGUAAGAGAUCACAUUAGAAGAUACUUUGUACUGCCGUUCUUAUUGUAUUUUUUUAUACUUCUGGCAGCAUUAAAUAUUUUUUUAAAUUGA